AUGGAGUUAUUAUCCAAGCUUCCAUUUUCUCUCUUCUUCUUCCUCUUUGCCAUCACAGCCUAUGCUCAAAAUUCACCACAAGACUAUGUAGAGGCCCACAACGCAGCAAGAUCACAAGUGGGCGUUCCUAACAUAAGAUGGGAUAAUACAGUGGCUGCUUUUGCCCAGAACUAUGCCAAGGAACUCAAGGGUGAUUGCCAGGUGAUCCACUCCGGCAGCCAGAUGUAUGGCGAGAACAUCGCAUGGAGCUCCGGCGACAUGAGUGAUACGGAUGCUGUGAAGCUGUGGGUGGCCGAGAAGGCAAACUAUGACUCCGGCAGUGGCUCAUGUGUCGGUGGGAACUGCCGGCACUAUACUCAGGUGGUUUGGAAGGACUCAACUCGUCUUGGGUGUGCUAAAGUAAGAUGUUACAAUGGAGGAACUUUCAUUUCUUGCAACUAUUAUCCUCCUGGCAACAUCGUUGGACAAAAACCUUACUGA